AGUCGUAACAGUAAUAAAUCAAUUCUAAAUGGUACAUUAAUUUCAUACUGGAUAAGGGUCAAAUUGUUUAGUAUCAUGCAAGUUGAGCAUCCAGACACAGCACGCACGCAGCGGAUGUCGAAUCAAUGAACUGGCUUUCACGAUUAGCUCAUUAUUAAUGAGUCAUUGUUAACCGAUGUACUUGAACAUCUUCAUUAAAUAGAAUUGAAAAAGUUAUGAAUAGUUAACGCAUGUGAUGAAAGUAAUUCUAUGUAUCUGACAAAAUGAGGUUUAAAAUUUUAAAUGCAUGCUAAAUUAUGCAUGUACAGAUAUGUGGCACCCAUUGUAUGCAAAUAUCUAAUCAAUCAAUCAGUGAUACCAUAAUUUGAACUGAACUUAUACAGGUUAUGAUCAGGGUCAACUCGCUACCCGAGGUUUUAAAUUAAAUGCAGACCAAACAUAAAAUUUCAGCAGUAAAUAAGUUGUGUUCUGAUCCAACGUUCAGUUUGUCCCAUUCUCGCUAUAUUGAUUUAGUUUUCAUUGAUUUAUAAAUUAAUUUAAGUUGUUUCAAAUGUAUUCUUAGACUACAUAAUUAAAAUUCGUACCUAUUUAUACCACUCUUCCUUACCAGAAGUCAAAAUUAUAAUAUAAUGGAGUCGUGGAAAGUGACAGCAUUGAUUCUGUGUGGAUUUGGUCUUUUUAAAGAGUUUCGACCAAGUGAACCAUUUUUCACUGAGUAUCUGAUGAAUUACAAAGGAAUUUCUCAAGAAGAUAUCGUUCACGUUGCAUUUCCAAUUUGGACAUAUACUUAUCUAGCGACAUUAGCCGUGAUAUUCUUGGUCACUGAUUUCCUCAGGUACAAGUCAGUCAUUAUUUUCGAGGGGAUUGCAUACGUCGUGACCUGGGUGCUAAUCACGUGGGGAGAGGGUUUGACAUCACUAAUCCUAGUAGAGGUAUGCUAUGGAAUUGUUUGCUCAACAGAGGUGGCAUACUACACCUACAUUUACGCCAAAGUUAAUCGGGAACAUUACCAAAAAGUUACAUCGUACACUUACAGUGCAAUAUUUGCCGGAAGAUUUUUGGGAGGCGUGGUUGCUCAAUUGCUCGUCUCCUUCGAUCUCAUGAAUUAUCAUGAGCUCAACUACAUUUCCCUGUCGUGCGUAUCAAUAGCAGUGAUUUUCUCACUUUUACUUCCAUCAGUAAAUACAUCCAUCUAUUUUCACCGAGAAAAGACUGUGACGGAAUACAAUACUUUUGAAAUCGGCAAUAGUGCAAACCAAACAAGGUUAAGCAAAAUCAAACAAACGGGACGCUACCUAUUUGAAGAUUUUAAAGAUGCAUAUUCGUCAAGCUAUGUAUUCAAAUGGUCAUUGUGGUGGGCAGUGGCCACUGCAGGACAUUUACAAGUAAUAAACUACAUUCAAGCCUUAUGGGAAAUUAUCGUCAACAGCUCUGGAUCAACCGUGGACAGUCAAUUGUACAAUGGCGCUGUAGAAGCAAUUCAUACCUUGCUGAGUGCAAUACUAGCUUUUGGUGUGGGCCACGUGAAAAUUUCAUGGGCGACAUAUGGAGAAAUAUUUCUUGCCCUCGUGUCCCUGGCUCAAGGAGGUCUACUCCUUCUAAUGUCGCAAACCAAUAAUUUAUACAUUGCAUAUGCAAGCUACAUCCUCUUUAGAAUGAUGUAUCAAGUUGUAAUAACAAUUGCAAGUGCCGAAGUUGCCCAAAAAAUCCGAGAAGACAGCUAUGCACUAAUUUUUGGAAUCAACACUUUUGUGGCACUGGCAAUCCAAACAAUUUUGACCCUCAUCGUUGCAGACGAUGUCGGACUUGCGCUUGGGGAACGAUCACAGUUUAAAAUUUACGGAGGAUAUCAUGGCUUGUUAGGACUAUUUUUUGUGAUUGUUGCCUUUUUUGUGAUAAUGCGAAAGUGCAGAGCAGUGAAACAAAAUAGAUGAUUUAAUGAUGUAUUAUUAUUUUCAUGACUUAUUGUAUUUUAUUGGUUAGUUUCAGUGGAAUAUGGUGUAAAGUAGGAAAACAAGUGAAAAAUCUUUGCCGAGCAGAUACAAUUUUUACAAGCAAUCAUCAUACUCGGUCUUCUUGAAUCGUUUGUAGAUUUUCUUCUUCAAAGUCUCUUCAGCUUGAUAAUGCUUGACGUGAUGCAUGUCCUCAGUUUUUGGUUCUGCCCCCAAUUGUUUCACUCUUUGCUCAGCCGUCUGAUUAUAUUUUAUAGUAUGAAUUUAAUUUCCCAAUGUGUAUACACUUUUGGUAUUAUUUAAAUUACCUUAAUUAGAUGAGUGUAGACUUCAGGGUAUCCCACAAUGACUUCUUCAAAGUCACGUCGUGACAAUUGGUAAACAUCACAAAAGCUGGUAGCCACCACAGUUGAGUUUCGCCGUUCAUUAGUCAUCAAUGACAUCUCUCCAAAAAAGUCACCAUCCUUUAAUGUGGCAAUUGACCGUCCGCUGGGAGCCAAGACUGCAACUGCUCCGUGUUCUGCCAUUAUUUCAAUUUGACAUGAAUUAUUGUUGAUAUAUAAUUAUAUCUUGUCAUAAUACUAGUUCAAUGAAAUAAAACUUACCAAUAAAAAACAUGGAA